AACUCCCGAAAACACAAACCCUCAUUUGGCGCCCAAAACAAUUGAGUUUCAAGUCUCAGAUUUAUAAUUUUCCUCCACUAUCGUUCACUCAUUUCAUCUCUUCAAAAUCAAACCUCACUCCCAUCCACUCUUCCCAUUUUGGAAGCAGCCGCCAUGAAAGCUCGGUCGCUCAAACUCAGGGAGGUCCACGCCCCCAAGGAUGGCAGCCCCUCCUUCUGCUCCGUCGUGUGGGACCACCAAGCCCACCGUCUCGUCACGGCCUCCUCUUCCCACUCCGCUGUCUCCAUUCACGACCCUCUUUUCCCCUCCGUCUCUCCCAAGAUCCUCCGCCACCACCGUGAGGGUGUCACCGCCUUGGCUCUCAGCCCUAACUCCACUUGCCUCGCUUCCGGAUCUGUCGAUCACUCUGUCAAGCUCUACAAAUUUCCCAGUGGAGAGUUUGAGACAAAUAUUACCCGGUUUACACUUCCAAUACGCUCACUAGCAUUUAACAAGUCAGGGAGCAUGUUGGGAGCGGCAGGUGAUGAUGAGGGUAUCAAGCUCAUAAACACGGUUGAUGGUUCCAUCGCGAGGGUCCUCAAGGGGCAUAAAGGGACUGUCACAUGCUUAGCUUUCGACCCGAAUGGUGAAUACUUAGCAUCACUGGAUUCAACUGGAACUGUUAUUAUCUGGGAACUCCACUCUGGGAGGAUCAUUCACAACCUCAAAGGCAUCGCUCCUGACACUGGGGCGGAUGUUUCAACCAUGAAUGUUCUUUGUUGGAGUCCUGAUGGUGAGACCUUAGCUGUUCCCGGGUUGAGAAAUGAUGUGGUUAUGUAUGACAGGGACACGGCUGAGAAGUUGUUUUCUCUGAGAGGGGAUCACACUAAGCCCAUAUGUUUCUUGUGUUGGUCACCCAAUGGAAAGUACAUGGCUACCUCUAGUUUAGACAAGCAGCUUCUGAUAUGGGAUGUUAACAAGAAGCUGGACAUUGAUAGGCAGAAGUUUGAUGAAAAAGUUUGUUGCAUGGCGUGGAAGCCAAUUGAGAAUGCCUUAGCUGUUAUUGAUGUUAUGGGAAAGUAUGGUAUCUGGGAGAAUGUUAUACCUUCAUCCAUGAAGUCUCCAACUGAGGAUAUACCUAAGCAGAACAGGACAAGCAAUGGGCUUCUUUUGUUUGAUGAGGAGGAUCCAGAGAAUAGUGCAAGUGGGAGCUUGAGUGAUAUUGGUGAAAAUAGCAAUGAUGAGUCUGAGCCACCUUCCAGAAAAAGAUUGCGUAAACAGUCUUUGAGCGAGGAGAAUUUAGAUGAGGAUGGAGGUGAUGAAUUGGAUUUGUUUCCCAAGGUUGAGUCUCACAAGAAGCGAAAUCGCACAGACAAGGAAAAUUUGGAUAAUGGGAAUCUGGGAAUUACAAGCACGAUGGUAACAGCUAAGACAAAGAUGCAGGAGGCAUUUCAACCAGGGUCCACUCCUGUGCAGCCGGGGAAAGGGCGCUUCUUAUGCUACAAUAUGCUUGGAAGUAUAACAACUUUUGAACGUGAUGGAUACUCUCAUAUUGAGAUUGAUUUUCAUGAUACUGGAAGCUGUCCACGAGUUCCAUCAAUGACUGACCAUUUUGGAUUUUCAAUGGCCGCAUUGAAUGAGGAGGGGAGCGUCUUUGCGAAUUCAUGCAAAGGGGAGAAGAACAUGAGCACCGUCAUGUAUCGCCCAUUUAAGAGUUGGGCCAGUAAUAGCGAGUGGUCUAUGCGCUUUGAAGGAGAAGAAGUGAAGGCUGUUGCACUUGGUACUGCUUGGGUGGCUGCAAUAACUAGUUUUAACUAUCUUCGCAUCUUUACCGAAGGUGGUUUGCAGAGGCAUAUUAUUUCGCUAGAUGGGCCAGUGGUGACUGCAUCAGGUUUCAAUGAUAAGCUUGCAGUUGUGACUCAUGCUUCUGAUUGCCUCUCUACAAAUGAUCAGGUCUUGAAGUUUAGAGUAUUUAAUAUACCUCAUGGGACCCAACCCCUUCAGGGUAGCUUGCCAUUAACCCCUGGUUCUACACUAAGUUGGUUUGGGUUUAGUGAAGAAGGGCAAUUGUGUUCGUACGAUUCCAAGGGUGUGCUCAGAUUAUAUACAAGCCAAUUUGGUGGUAGCUGGCUCCCAGUAUUCAGUGCUAUGAAAGAGAAGAAGCCAGAUGAAAACUAUUGGGUGGUGGGGUUGAAUUUAAGCAAGUUGUUUUGUGUGGUAUGCAAGAAGCCUGACACCUUUCCAGAGGUGAUGCCUAGACCAGUUUUUACUCUGCUGAAUCUUUCAUUUCCUCUUGCUUCCUCUGAUUUGGGGUCCGAAGCCCUUGAAAAUGAGUUUAUCAUGAACAGCAUGUAUCUCUAUGAGGUUCAGAAAAGAAUGGAAGAAACGGCUAUUGCUGGUUUGGACACGUCUUCGCUUGAUGAUGAUGCUUUCAAUUUAGAAGCAGCACAAGAUAAAUGCGUACUUAGGCUUAUAGCAUCCUGUUGUAACAGUGAUAAGCUUGCUCGGGCUACUGAACUCAUGAAGCUUUUGUCACUGGAAAAAUCAAUGAAAGGAGCAAUAAAACUUGUUACUGCUCUGAAGCUUCCAAACUUGGCAGAAAAGUUCAGCAACAUAUUGGAGGAAAGGUUACUAAUUGAAGAGAAAAAAACUGUGGAAACCAACGUCAAAGAAAAGUGUCUUGCACCGAUUACACCUGAUGCUCAAUUUAGCGGAAGCAAGUCCUCAACUCAGAAUGAAACAUUAAAACCAGUUACUCUGCAAUCAUCUCCAAAAUUAUCUGCUCCGUUGUUCACAAAGAAAGACAAAACACUAGAGGGGGCUAAAGCUGGAAAAAAUAAAACAGCAACGGUGAAUGAAGGUCUGAAGUUAAAGCCUAUGCAAGCUCCUCAGCCACAGGAUCCUUCUAUAAAAUUACCAAAUAAACCUGGAGUUAACAAGUCAUCAGAGGCUAGUUUGGAACCACCAAAAAGACCGUCCAAUCCAUUUUUGAAGUCUUCUAUCAAGUGAAGAAAUUGAUUUACAACCAUGAUAUAGACAUGAAGUUUAGUUGAAAUUCUAGAUAGGGUGUUUGUUUUACAUGAAAGAGGCUUGCUUCUCAUUUACGAUGGUGAUCAAUGUAAAAAAGCAAAAAAAAAAGCCUUGACGAAAUGGAAAAUCCUUUGUAUAUUCCCAAAAGGUCUUAAUUGUAAGUCACAAAUAAUUGAAUCUUCCUUCUUGAUUGGAUUGACAUGCAUGACCUCGUGUCAAACAGAAAAUGCCCCAUUUUGCUCCAAUGCGUAUUAAUUAUUUAAUAAGGCAAACGCU